CCGGAAGAGACACAAAAACAACAUUGUAGAAUACAUUGCGGUAGUACGAUAUGGGUGGAAAAGUUUGUUGCUUCGUAGAAAAUUCUAACACGUGCCCAGUGAUUACAUGGCCAGUUGUGGGCCCGGUAUGGACGACGUGUUCAAACUUUCCAGGUGUGCUGCAAUACACAGCACAUGACAGCGAGUGAUGAUCGGGACGUGACUUUUUGAUUUGAAUUCAAUGUAGGGGGGUUGGGCACUUAACAAAGCCAUCUCAAACGGGCGAAUAAUGAGGAUUUACGCCUUGUUUGAUUUAUUGAUCCUGAUGUGCUAUCGUCUAAUUAGUUGAAGGUUAAAUUCAAUAUUUUAAUAUUUUUCAAUAUUUUAAAAGUUUAGCUAACGGUUUCUACAUCGUUGAAGAUCUCACGAGAUCCCCUCUGCGGGACCGUUUUGAUAUUCAAAUUCGAGUCAAACCUGUUCGUGGCUUGGUUUUGCCCACAAUUCAGUCGUGCAGCUCAAUCGUUUUAGUUCUGUUUAAGUGUAGAAGAUGAUCAGCAUGGCCGUUCCAAAAUUCGUUCCAAGCGCUCAUUUCCACACUGUGAAGACAAUAGUUGCACUGCUAUUCUGGUUUUGUGCCAUCUCCGGCCAAUUGCUGCAAUCGCCCUGUCCGAAUAUUUUCACCUACCAGCUGGAUCCGACCAGCCAGCAGAUCUACGGAUACAUCGAGAUCCCAAAUCUACGCGUGGGUAGUGUUGCGAAAGUGGACGUUGAGCUGUCGAUAGCUGCCCAGGUGGCUGCCAAUAAUUUCGGCUCGCUGGCACUGAUCAAAACUCGCGAAGAAACCGGCAAGGAUAUCCAGAAGGGACUGCCAGCGCAGUACAAGAUUGUUUUCCCGAGAAAGGACAUCAUUCCAACGGUGAAAUCGAUCAGCGUCAACGGAAAGUCAGUCUGCAACGGGACACGCGCCCAGGGAAGGGUUUUGACCGCGAUCCGGUUGGCGCAUGUCCUGAAGACUAAGCUUAAAUCGCCCAGCAGUGUCGAAACCCUGCGGGUUAUUGAUCGAUCGACAAAGGUGAAGCCAGCUGUGAAACAGUUUGAUCUAUUGCCCAAGGUUCAACAGAUGCACGCUCCGCUGCCGUUUAAUAAUGACAUUUGUGGGAAAAAGAUUGUUAAUUUCACAAUCCCCCUGUCAACAAACGGAAAACGUGCAUCGAAGGGUCAAUUUCCAUGGAUUGCCCCAAUUUUCAUCGCAAAUUUGGUUCGAGGAGAGAAGCCAAUCUACAUCUGCGCAAGUACCAUCAUAACCGCCAACCACGUUCUAACCGCCGGUCAUUGUGUGUUUCUGGCGGAUGAACUGAUCAAACCACAUCGACUUCUGGUGGCCGCCGGAAUGCACAACAUUGACAACUUUUUCGACGAAGAUGCCGUCUUCUCCCGGGUCCAAUCUGUAAUCCCUCACCCAAAUUACGUGGAAAGUGACGUCCAGAACGAGGCGGACGUGGCCGUCCUAAAACUAGCGAAAACCCUUCCCUACACGCCCUUCAUCGUCCCAAUCUGUCUGUGGAAGGGUGACGACAACCUGGACCGCGCCGUCAACCUGGUCGGAGUGGUUGCCGGAUGGGGUCUUACGGAGCAGGGAACCUCCGGCAGUCCGCGCUUUUUCCAAGCUCGGAUAGUGUCCCGCGGUCAAUGCAGUGCCGUUACGCGACGGGCCCUGAACAAUAAGGUGUUCUGCGCCGACGGAAUGGGUGCGAACCCGUGCACCGGAGAUUCCGGCAGUGGGAUGGUGGUGUGGCAAGGUGAUCGGUACUACUUGCGUGGGUUGGUGUCCAAGGGGCAGGUGGACGGCAGCACGCUGCAGUGUAAUAUCAGGAGUUAUGGAAUUUAUACCGAUAUUGCGCCGUAUCGGUUUUGGCUGAGGACCAUCAUUGGGUAAUGUUGAAUUUCAGAAUGAUGAAUAGACUAAAAAAUCGUCAAUAAAUUAUU